AGAAAGAAAGAAAGAAUGGACUCCCCUUUUCUUUCAGUCGUUCUUUCUCUCCCCUCACCAUUGGGUAGCCCUUAGAAAGUGAAGCCAGAGGAACAUCUGCUUCUGGGGAUGGAGGUAGAAACGGCAGCGUGUUGGGUUCAGGCAUAGUGAGAGGUUUUUCUGGCGAGAAGAACCGGCGCUGGUUGACCACACACCAGCUCCAGGCGGAUGUCCAGACAAGGAGGAGAAUGAGACGGAGAGCGUGGCAGACACAAGCCUCUGACCGAGCGGGUGGCAGACACCAGGGCAGAAGGCGCAAGGAGGAGCAAGCAGACAAGGCUGAGCAGACAGGAACUGAGCGGGAGCGCCCAUGGCGAGUAACAACACGGCCAGCAUCGCACAGGCCAGGAAGCUGGUGGAGCAGCUGAAGAUGGAGGCCAACAUUGACAGGAUAAAGGUGUCCAAAGCAGCAGCAGACUUAAUGUCUUACUGCGAAGCUCAUGCCAAAGAGGACCCCCUGUUGUCCCCGGUGCCAGCGUCAGAAAACCCGUUCAGGGAGAAGAAGUUCUUCUGCGCCAUCCUGUAAACCCAGCAUGGCCGCCUGCUGCCGGAGGGACUUUGAACGCAGACGUUCAGAACCCGCAGAAAUCGUCUAAUAGGAGGGCAUCGCAUUGUCCUCUCAAACGCUUGGCAUUUAAAGAGAUCCAAUCAACAGAGUAAACAUGUAACCAAUGAAGGGGGUGUUAUGUUUUUUUUUGUUGUUGUUGUUUUUUUGGAGGAUAUGCGGCACGUAGGAGGGAUUUGUACUUUUAGGUGACUGAAAAGGGAAGAUGAUGGGAGCGAUAAACACCCAGGGACGCGACGGAAAACCAAUCGACCGACCGGGUUUUCAGGCUCUAUUGUGUAUAAAUUUCAAAAACAGAUGAAGUCAUGGAUAUUGUUUUGUUGCUGUUUGGGGACCAUCAGGUGAAGCACCACAGGGACAAGCAGCCAAAACUCUUGACGCCGCCCGAUUAUUAUUGGAAUGUGUUAUUUUUUUUUCUUUUUGAAGUUGUUUGCGUUUUUACCAAUUUCACCGAGAUAAUCUUUCUAUAACUGUACGUAGGUGACUGAUGAAGCCUUCAUCUUUUGCUCUUUCUUUUUGUUUUAUAAACCAACGGGUUAGUGAAAGCUUCUUUUUUUUAAAUGGCGGGACGUUUCUCUCUGUACACCUGUCUGAAAGUCUUCAGUCUUCUGUGACUCGUACAAAUACGAUGCAGUUUGUCUCCUUCGGACUCAAUCCCUCUUUCUACUGUUUGUACAAAGUGACUAGCAGAUAAACUGUGCUGUGGUGUGAGCUCGACAUGUUUGUGUUUGUAUCAUUAAUUAUAACACGAAAAGGUCAAACUCUUCUUCCUUUCCUUGUAAUUGCACAGGUCAGCUUCAAUCUACGAGUGAAAACAUAAGAGAACUGCUGACCAACCAAAAUGACCAAAUAAUAUUCAUAAUGUGACCAACUAAAUACAUAUUUUGAAUGUAGAAAUCUAAUAAAUAUUCUCACUAUGUGUAUAAAAUAGUCAUACAAAUGUCUCUUUAAAAUUUUUUUGUAUCAGUAGUUGUUUUUUUUCUUUAGAAAAUAUUAACUGAAAACAUCUAUUAGUAUAGAUUUAUUCACCAGUAUUGAUAAAAGCUUUAUUAACAUUAUUUCAGAAUGAACCUUUUUUGUUGUUGUUGCUAACUUGUUGAUUACUAUUUAGUUUGGGGAUUACUUAGCUAUUCAAAAAACAAACUAGUUAAUUUGAUAUAGAGCAAUUACUGAGAUGAAUUUAAAGAGGUACUAUUAGCUGAUAAUAAACAAGUAACAUUGUAUUGGUGGAAUAGAUAUAAAUACAUUUAUUUUCAUUUCACAUGAUAUCAGAUUGAUGAGGUAUUUGGAAGAGAAACAGGCCCACAGCAACACAGGUCCUCCACCAUAUUUGUGGAUAUCCAUUUUGUGUUUGAAGAACGUUUCUUUCCCAAGAUUCUGAUGCUCUACGUACAUUUUUUGUUGUUGACCUUUUUCCUCCCCUGGCCCCCCUCAUUAUUCAUAUUAUAAUUUUAAUGCCGCUGCCAUCAGAUUUCAGAGUGAGCUAUUAGUCUCACCUGAUGGAUGCACACAUUUCCAGUUCAAGUCCCAGUAGUACUCAGCAAAUCCUUAUGUUUGUGAUGGUAGGGCAGCACAUGCUACAUUUUUUUCUAGCAUCCCUCCCAAAUUGGUUGGCAUGUGGAUGAGUUUUUUUUGUUGUUGUUUUGUUUUGUUUAUUAAACAUCAAAUAUAAAUUGUACUUUUGUAAAUUAAAGGUUGGAGGUGUGAGA